CAAACACGGACGAACAAUAACAUAUGGAUUGAAGGAAAGACGACUACUUGUGAUUUGUUCCACUGAGACAUCCGGACCACAAACCACUUCACGGUGCACAUCCCUCCCACAUCUCAUCGAGAAAUGUGGCUUCUGGAAAAGAUCCGCGGUUCAGUGGAUGGAAAUGUUCUACGGCAGGGAGAGUCCGCUGUCAAACAGAGCAAAGCCCCCACCUACGGCAAUGUCCUCACUCCCGACAAGAUCCCAGACUUCUUUAUUCCACCAAAACUGGUGUGCUGCCCCCCAGAGGCAGAGACACCAGAGAUGAAGCCAAAAAACGGGCUGCAUGGGUCUGCGUCUGAACAAACCAUAUGCUGCAAGACACCGCAGGGCAGCCCGCGCAGCCCGCGCCUCAUUAACAAGCUGGCUGGAGACACAAAGAACUUGCUCAAAGCGGCAAACCGUCACAUCAUCCAGAUUGAGAGUGCAGAUGACUUGGUGGUUGGCGAAGUGGGCGACCUCAACACAAACGCUGACCCGCAAGCGCAGACAGCCAUGUCGUUGCCCUAUGUACCAAAAGCGCAAACCUCCUACGGUUUCGCCACGCUCAUGGAGAGCCCUCACACGCGUCGUAAAGAGUCCCUCUUCCACAGCGACCCUACAAGCCCACUUACCUCACCCAACACCCAACGCAAGUCUCAGGGUAAUCACUUGAAUCCAAGCGACUGUAAUGUCUCCCACUCCAACCCCUACCGUUACUUUAGCGGAGGUGAGAGCGACACAUGUUCUUCAGCUGAGUCGUCCCCAUUCAACUCCCCGCUACUGUCCCGCUCCGCAUCCCUCCUUAAGAUGUUCACUCACGAGACCCAAGCCAAAGUGUCCCGUGCCAAACGAUCCUUUGCCCGGCACAGUUCACUCUCGACGGAUGAGUGCAGCUCUGUGGAAACCAGCCCGAACAUUCAACGGCACUUCCGUUGUCCUCCUUCCCCGGCACUCCGAGGACGAAAAACUGGAGGCAACAUGGAUCGCUUCACCCAACACACCAUCAACCUCCACAAGGGUGGAACUCUGUGCCUCUGCACAGACUACGAUAUUGACGCCUCCCGACUUCACAUACGCGUGCUGGCUGCCGAGGAUCUCUACGAUAAGCAGUUUGACAUAAAGAGCAUCAACUGUUGUGUUGCCCUGUACCUGAACCCAGGAAAGCUGCAGAAACAGCGGAGCACGAUUAUCAAGAAUAGCCGCAACCCCGUCUUCAACGAGGAUUUCUAUUUUGACUCGCUUCCCAUUGGACAGGUGAAAAACCUGGCCAUCAAGAUGAAGGUGGUCAACAAAGGCACCAGUCUGAAGAGAGACACCCUGCUUGGAGAAAGGGAAGUACCCUUAAAGGAUUUGCUUUCUGGGAUCUAGAGGUCCAGUUUUGUCCACCGAUGCAGUCUUCAUCUAACAGACCAGACAGGGAAUAUCCCAGCUUUGAUUUCCAAGUACUCAAAGUGAAUGGGACAUUCUAUAUUUAAUUUAUUUUAUUCCAGAACUCUCCAACUAACUGUGUGCACCUUCCUUAUUUGUUUACCAGGCUUGAGUACACUUCGUUUUUCUGCGUGCCGUUACUUCUCAUACACAAUCUAGCAUUAUCGCCUUUCAAAGAAUAGGCUGCGUCUGAAUUUGCAAACUUCCCAUAUUAUAGGACACCAAAAGCAGUAUUUCAAUUGAAUAAAGUGUCUGAAUUCCUCAGCCUUCAUAAAACAGUAGGCGAGAAUUACCUGGAUGACCCACUACAUCUGGCGAGAUUCUAAGAUGUCACUGGUGAGACGUCACAUGAAAAAAAUGGCGAAAACCGUAAAUUGGAUUGGCUCUUUUCAACUGCAAGUGCUAUGUAUACCAAGAAACUAUUUUCUUGUGGUUAAAUUGUACUUGUUUAACAAAACCAGAAUAGAUUAUUUUCACUGUAGUUGUAACUACGUCAUAUAUGCAGGUCACAGGACAGUGCCCUAGUUUCGGAAUAAAUGUAUUCAUACUACUCACCUGCAUACAUAAAGAAUGUACUUUUUCAGCAGCUGAGAAGUACGUUCUCAAAUUUAGUACAUAGUCUGACAAUAUGCAAAUUCGGACGUACUCAGCCCAUACGGACGCGUUCGACGCAUGCGCACUACAACUUCUUUGUGAUUCUAGUGAAAUCAACUCCAAAAACAGACUGUCCGCUUGUCUAGAAUAGCUGGUCUGCUCACAGAUAGUCCGUGCACACUGUGGUGAUGACAAAAUUUGUGCACUGUGUGCAAGACAAAGCAGCACGCGUUGAAGUGAAGUAUACUUUGGCCUUAAGAGCAUUUGUAAAAUGUACAGUAUAUGUGAUGGUGUGAAAUCUUGUGUAAAUAAAUUUAGGAGUGUAUAGGUAUGCUCUGAUUGUGUGCAUGUGUUCCCAUGGUUAGUGUUUUCUCUAUGAGUUCAAUUUUUUUAUUUAUUCCAGAGUCCUGCUAAGUCUCACUGUUGGAGACUAUCCACACAACACUUCUUAACAGCACCAGUAUGUUCUUAUUGACCAAGUCUUUAAAGUCACCUAGGGUCAAACGGUAGAUGUUAAUGCAUGCUUCAUCUGCUGUUGGAGCCUUUAAACUUGCAAGAAUGACAUUUUAUUUUAGGUGUUGCUAAAAUAACAGUGUUUCUUUGCCUUGUGCCUGUAUAAUUCCAAUCUCUAGGGUGUGAGACUGAUAUUUUUCUCACUCUAAACUGGACCACUUUUGAGGUUUCUUUCUUUUUGAAUGUUGUAUCUGUGCUGUUUUCAACAAAAAAGGAAAUGCACCCUUCAGCCUUAUCGAAUGACACGCUGCUCACUUUGAGUGACAUGGAACUUUAGUGAAGGCGUGAUUUGUGAUUGGACAGAAUGUAUGACAUCAUAAAAGAUUAUAAUUAUGUAAAUAGAAAGCUUGUCUAAAUCUGCUUUGUAGCUGCGCCUGAAAACACUCACCGGUACUCUUCCUGAUAUAAAAAGUACACUGUAUAGAGAUUGCAAGCCAAAAUAAGAAACUUUUUUUUAUUUUAUAUUUAUGUUUUGUUUAAUUGUCAUCACUCACAAAAAAGUAUAAAAAAGUACCACGGUACCAUGGUAAUACCAUGUUCUUCAAGAACGUGGAAGUGCCAUGUAAAUAACCAUAGUUCAUGUGGUAUAUAUCAUGUUAUACAUAGAUCAGUUGGGUAUAUAUCAAGAUAAGUAUUACCAUCUGA